AUGGGAAUUAUUCCUGAAAAGGAUAUUUUCGGAUAUUUGAGUAUUCGGGUGCUAUCACUGGGAGCCGAUGUGUUACCGGAAUAUAAAUUGCAGCCCACUAGGAUCCAUCAUUGUACGAUCGUACAUUAUUCUCCGUUUAAGGCCGUUUGGGAUUGGAUUAUCCUUCUUCUCGUCAUUUAUACUGCCAUUUUUACGCCUUACGUUGCAGCCUUCUUAUUACGAGAGGAUAGCUCUCGUAGAGCUCGUUUCUCGGAACCGUUGGAAAUUAUUGAUCUAAUUGUGGAUAUUAUGUUUAUUGUCGAUAUUAUUAUCAAUUUCCGAACAACUUACGUUAACGAAAAUGAUGAAGUUGUAUCACAUCCUGGAAAGAUAGCAAUACAUUAUUUUAAAGGCUGGUUUAUAAUAGAUAUGAUUGCUGCUGUGCCCUUCGAUCUUCUUCUUGUAAAUACAAACAGUGACGAGACGACCACUCUAAUUGGAUUACUAAAAACCGCUCGUCUUCUAAGAUUAGUACGGGUAGCCAGGAAACUGGAUCGUUAUUCUGAGUACGGUGCUGCUGUUUUGCUACUACUUAUGGCAACAUUUGCAUUAAUUGCCCAUUGGCUUGGUUGCAUUUGGUAUGCAAUUGGAAGCGCUGAAUUGCCUCAUAAGGAAUUCACAUGGUUACAUCAACUUGCACGUCACUUAAAUGAACCAUACUUAUCAACAAACGGGAGCACGCCGACUGGUGGGCCGUCAUUAAAAUCACGUUAUGUUACGUCACUUUAUUUUACACUUUCAACAAUCACCUCAAUUGGUUUUGGCAAUGUUUCUGCUACUACUGAUUCUGAGAAAAUUUUCACUAUUAUUAUGAUGAUUUUAGGAUCAUUAAUGUAUGCAUCCGUAUUCGGCAAUGUAUCAGCAAUAAUACAACGACUAUAUAGUGGUACGGCAAGAUAUCAUACGGAAAUGUCUAGGUUACGGGAAUUCAUCCGUUUUCAUCAAAUUCCAAAUCCUCUACGGCAGAGGUUAGAGGAAUAUUUUCAACAUGCCUGGUCUUAUACCAAUGGUAUCGAUAUGAAUACUGUAUUGAAAGGUUUCCCAGAUUGCCUUCAAGCAGAUAUAUGUCUGCAUUUGAAUCGAAAUUUGCUCAACAGUUGUCCAGCAUUUGCUGGAUGUUCACCUGGCUGUUUACGGGCCUUAAGCAUGAGGUUUCGAACAACACAUGCUCCACCAGGUGAUACCCUGGUGCAUCGAGGUGAUGUUCUUACUGGAUUAAAUUUUAUUGCCAGAGGCUCAGUGGAGAUUCUCAAAGAUGACAUGGUUGUGGGUAUUCUUGGAAAAGAUGAUAUCUUUGGGGAGAAUCCGUUGCUUCACGAAGAUGUCGGGAAAUCAUCAUGUAAUGUUCGGGCCUUAACUUACUGUGAUUUGCAUAGGAUAUUACGGGAUGAUUUGCUUGAUGUGCUUGACAUUUAUCCUGAAUUUGCUGAAAAUUUUUGUCGUAAUUUAAUUAUCACAUAUAAUUUAAGAGAUGAAGCUCAAUCGAUGAAGAAACGACUUGACAGGCAUAAACUUUUACGGAUGUCAUCAUCGUUGGACAAGGAAAAAUUAGCCUCAUUUCAAAAAGAAGGUUCGAUAGAAAGGAAGGAUGAUUUUACCACUCGGACUGAGCCAACAGCAGGUGAAGCGUUGCUGUCAUGUCACCGACAUGUGGAAAGCACUCCGCUGGUAAAGGGUGAUGAGGAAGCUUAUCAUAGAAUUAUCAGCAAUCCUAUAUCAAGGCAUCUGAGUAAUCGUUCCGAGGACGAUGAUGCUCGCUAUCAGAUGUUGGAGAGAAGGCUUAGUGAUAUUGAAAACCAUCUGGAAAAAAUGGAAAAUAAGAUCAAUAGCAGCCUUGAACAAAUUUUGAGGGUUUUAAUUCCGGAAAAUUCUUUAAUUAAUUCGUCUUCCGGUCGUUCACCAAAGAGUACUUCUGCUCGAACCAUUUACUCAUCUCGCAGUGCCUCAGGAAUUCAUCCGUUCAGGUUGGGAAAUAGGAAUGAAGAAUUGAUACCACUGAGAUUACCAAGCAGUUACAGUGGAGCAGAUGAUAUCAGCAGUCCACUAAUUGGUACCAGUUCUAUAUCUCCAACGCUGUUACCAACCACUUCACGUUCAUUUCAACCUCGUCGUUCGGGUCGUCCAUCAUUAGUCUCUGCUGCAUCGGGUCAAUCCACACCAACUAAAUCCGAACUAUCACCUGAGGAUACCGAUACAUUGUUAUAG